AAAAAAAAAAAAAAAUGUGAUUCGACCUUUUUCUUUUCCCCUCAGAAAGAAAAGAGGCCAACAGUUUUUCGAAAUCGGAAGAUGGCGAACAUCGCCGGACAUCUCAAACGCGGAAUCUCCAGACAAUUCUCAUCCGCCUCCCUUCGCCGCACGCUCAGCCGCCAGUUCACGCGCCAGUCAUCCCACGAUCCUCGCCGCAACAACAUGCGGUUCAGCUUCGGGAGACAAUCAUCCCUCGAUCCAAUUCGCCGGAGCAGUACUCCUGAAGAAGGCUCCAACCGUCCUCCUCAUCAGCUCGCCGUCCCCGAUAACCUCGACGCCACUAUGCAGCUCCUCUUCGUCGCCUGUGGAGGAGACGUCGAAGGUGUUCGGGAUCUGCUCGACGAAGGUAUUGAUGUUAAUAGCAUCGAUCUUGAUGGUCGUACCGCUCUGCACAUCGCUGCGUGUGAAGGUCACGUUGAUGUUGUGAAGCUUUUGCUGACGAGGAAGGCUAACAUUGAUGCUCGUGAUCGUUGGGGAAGCACGGCAGCUGCUGAUGCUAAGUACUAUGGGAACAUGGACGUUUAUAACAUUUUGAAAGCCCGUGGCGCCAAAGUUCCGAAAACCAAAAGGACACCGAUGGUUGUGGCGAAUCCUCGUGAAGUUCCUGAAUACGAGUUGAAUCCACAAGAACUUCAGGUUCGGAAAGCUGAUGGUAUCUCAAAGGGAAUAUAUCAAGUGGCUAAGUGGAAUGGGACUAAGGUAUCUGUAAAGAUACUUGAUAAGGAUCUCUACAAGGAUAAUGAAACCAUAGAGGCCUUCAAACACGAACUUACUUUAUUAGAAAAGGUUCGUCAUCCUAAUGUUGCGCAAUUUGUUGGAGCUGUUACUCAAAACGUCCCCAUGAUGAUUGUGUCUGAGUAUCAUCCUAAAGGUGACCUUGGGAGCUAUCUUCAAAAGAAAGGACGACUUUCUCCAUCCAAAGUUCUAAGAUUUGCCCGCGAUAUAGCCAGGGGAAUGAAUUAUCUUCACGAGUGUAAGCCAGAACUAGUAAUCCACUGUGAUCUAAAACCCAAAAAUAUUAUGCUCGAUAAUGGAAAACAUUUGAAGGUGGCGGGAUUUGGAUCUAUAAGUUUUUCAAAGCUAUCGUCUGAUAAAUCAAGACUCCUCAACCACGGGGCACGUAUAGAUCUUUCAAACUACUGUGUGGCGCCUGAGAUUUACAAAGAUGAAAUAUUUGACAGAAGUGUGGAUUCAUAUUCUUUUGGUGUCGUAUUAUAUGAGAUGAUUGAAGGACAACCUUUCCAUCCCAAACCCCCAGAGGAGGCAGUGAAGCUAAUGUGUUUGGAAGGAAGAAGACCUUCGUUUAAAUCCAAGUCAAAAAAUUGUCCCCAAGAAAUGAGAGAAUUGAUUGAAGAGUGCUGGGAUGCAGAAGCUGUUGUUAGGCCGACAUUUUCUGAGAUCAUAGUUCGAUUGGAUAGGAUCUUUGUACACUGCUCAAAACAAGGGUGGUGGAAAGAUACAUUCAAGUUUCCUUGGAAAUAGUAGAGAGAAGCAGGAGAGGUUUAACUCAGAAACUCAAAGAAGUCAGCAAUUCAAGUACAAUAAAAACGGUACAAAGAAUACAGAAAGAAACGGUGCUCUCUCCCAUUU